AUGGGUAGCACUGCUGAUCCGCAUGUUGUCAACCUCCCUUGCCUGUCGUGUGAGGAUGCCGUCGAGUUAUCCGAACCCGAACUGUAUGCUACUGUUGAGACCUGGAUCCACGGCUUAAACGACGCAUUAUGUGCGGCGGAUUUCAUCAAGUUAAAGUCACUGUUUCAUGGGGAUGCCUGGAUGCGGGACCUGCUUGCCAUGUCAUGGGACUUUCGUACCCUCAAUGGCCAAGACAAGAUAAUACAUCAUAUGGAGUGCCACCUCACGUCCUCUGGCAUACAAAACAUUCGACUUCGAAAAUCAGCAUUUUUCCAACCGAACCUGAAGCAGUUGCCUGAUGUCGAAUGGGUUGAGGCCAUGUUUGACUUUGAGACCAAGGUGGGACUUGGAUCGGGUAUUGUUCGACUGGUCAAAGACGCUGGAAGUUGGAAGGUGUUCAUGAUAAGUUUCAUGUUACAGAAGCUAAAAAUAUUUAAUGAGACUACACACCUCAACAGGCCGCAUGGUGGGAACAACUCUCUCGGUGGAUCCGGGAAUUGGCAGGAAAGGAGGGAGAGACAAAAGGAGUUUUUGGAUGAGGAUCCUGCGGUAGUGGUUAUCGGGGCAGGACAAUCUGGACUUGAUGUUGGUGCUCGACUCGGGCAGUUAGGUGUAUCGACGCUCAUUAUCGACAAAAAUGAUCGAAUCGGGGACAAUUGGCGCAAUAGAUACAGAACACUGGUCACGCACGAUCCUGUCCAGUACACGCAUAUGCCGUACAUUCCGUUCCCAUCUAGCUGGCCCAUGUUUACUCCCAAAGAUAAGAUUGCAGACUGGUUUGAAGCAUAUGCAAGUCUCAUGGAACUCAACGUCUGGACCAAGACGACGAUAGAAACAUCGUCAUAUGAUGAAACCGCCAAAUCAUGGACUGUAACCCUCCGUUGCCGAGACGGGUCUUUCAGAACACUACGCCCACGCCACAUUGUCUUUGCUACCGGUCACUCUGGCGAGGCGCUUGUGCCCUCUUUUCCCGGUCAAGAUCAAUUCAAAGGUACAACCUACCACACAAGCUCUCACAAAGACGCAAGCCUCGACCCAAAAGUCGCCGGCAAAACGGUCGUAGUCGUGGGCACCGGCAAUAGCGGCCACGACAUUUGUCAAAAUUACUACGAGAACGGCGCAGAUGUAACUAUGCUCCAGCGAGGCGGAACAUAUGUCCUCACGGCGGAGAAGGGUGUCUUUAUGCUUCAUGCCGGCCUGUACGAUGAAACAGGCCCUCCCACCGAAGAUGCAGACAUCUAUGCACAGAGCAUGCCCAUCCCUGUUGCCUUCAACUUCAGCUCACACUUGACCAAGAGAAUCGCGCAAGUCGACAAGGACUUGCUUGACGGAUUGACCAAGGCCGGUUUUGAGCUUGACUCGGGACCGCAGGGCGCUGGUAUCAUGAGAAAGUAUCUCACUCGCGGAGGAGGGUACUAUAUUGAUGUCGGAUGCAGCCAACUCAUUGCCGACGGGAAAGUCAAAGUACGCCAGAGCCGCGGCGGAAUCAAGGCAUUCAAUGAGAGCGGAUUGGUGCUGGCGGACGGGUCGACGUUGCCCGCUGAUGUAGUUGUUCUUGCAACAGGGUACGAUAACAUGCGCACGUCGGCGCGCAAGAUUUUCGGCGACAAGGUUGCCGAUCGUCUUCAUGAUGUGUGGGAUCUCAACGAUGAGGGGGAGCUAAACGCAAUGUGGCGAUACAGUGGACAUCCAGGAUUCUGGUAUAUGGGUGGUAAUUUGGCCUUGUGCAGGAUAUACUCGCUACUCUUGGGUUUGCAAAUCAAGGCGUGUGAGGAGGGAUUUUAUGUGACCCCUAUCAACUCGCAAGAGGAGAUUAACAGGGGCAGAAUGUCCCUUGAGUAG